AACGAGCGAAGCAGCCCUGAUGGCAUCACCAUCAUCAUCCUGUCUUCAGAACAUGAAUGCAAUCUGACUGCAUACCUUCAUCACCCUGCAUUUGCGCUCUCUCUCUUCCCCCCCUCUCUCUCCAUCUCUCGCUCUCUCUCUCUUGCUCUGUGCUGCUCAAAAAAAGCUCUCACAGCUGAAGCAGCCUCUCAUUAAUCCACCGGCUCACAGAGGGAGAAAUAACAGCCGCGGCAGUGCACAUGCAACGUUUUGAACCAACUAAAGCCACUUUGUAAACCAUACGAUGCAACAUGGGAUUCCACUAACAAGGGAGAAACAUAUGUUUUGCAUCCAGCUGCUGGAGACACCUUUGACAAAACUUCUUGCUGUGUUUUCUGGAGGACCAUCUUACCAUAUAGAGGAUUUUCUCCAGAAAAAAAGUUGGCGAGGUGCCGAACGAAAAGACUCAUCAGAAAUUUAUGAAUCUUGCCACUCAGGAGAGGUUUUAACUUGUAGCUCUCUCGAGACUGGAAGAUUUGACUUAUUUCUGAAGCGUAUCCUCUGGUCCCAGGUGCAAAAGCAGUCCGGAGAGAAUGAGGUGUCUCUGGGUGAAGAAUGAGCUGUCAGGAAAUCAGUCUUAGGCGGCUGCCUCUGCUAUGGGAGGGGGCGGCUCUCAGCCUCUGGCUCUGCUGCUGCUGUUGGACCCUCAGGGCCACAGCGGGGGCCGCAGCCGGGACAGGCGCGCGCGCCCCCGGCUCCCUCAGCUGGCUGCUGUCAGAUAAAGGGCCCUUUCACCAGUCCCUGGAGUACACGGAGGCAGCGGAGCGCUACCAGCAGGGCUUCAGCACCAGAUACAAGAUCUACAGGGAAUUUGGUCGAUGGAAGGUCAACAGUCUGGCAGUGGAGAAAUGGGACGGCUUCAGUGGCAGCGGAGGCCUGGCACUGCCUCUCGACCCCGACUUCACAUACACCGUCCGCCAGCUGGGGAGGCGGCCGACCCUCCACAUGAUUACAGAGAGUCUCAUCAAGAAAUACGGCACACACCUCCUUGUCUCUGCUACUCUGGGAGGGGAGGAGGCUCUGACUAUAUUCGUGGACAAAAGGAAGCUCAGUGAGGAGUCGUCACCCUUGGGUGCUGAGGGAACUCGUAGAAAUGUUACAGGGCACGUGACCCUGGAGACCCUCCACCAGCUGGCAGCAUCUUAUUUCACUGACAGAGAGAGCACCCUCCGCCGUCUGCACCACCUUCAGAUCGCAUCCACUGCCAUAAGGGUGACUGAAACCAGAACUGGGCCCCUGGGAUGCAGUAACUAUGACAACCUGGACACAGUCAGCUCUGUCCUGGUUCACAGUCCAGAAAACAAGGUUCAACUGCAAGGGCUGCAGGUGAUACUCCCAGAAUAUUUGCAGCAUCGCUUCAUUCAAGCCGCUCUCAACUAUAUUGGCUGUAAGUCUGAGGGCCAUUUUGUGUGCCAAAGCAGUGAAUGUUGGUGUGAGUGCAGCGCGGACGUCCCUCAGUGUAACUGUCCUCACACUGACCUGGACACUCUGGAAAAAAACCUGCUGCGCAUCCGAGAGUCCUUGACAUUCGUCAACCUUGAGUUUGAAGAAUCUGAGGAGUUCCAAAGCUUUGUUGGGAACCUGCCAGCCCAUUAUGCUGUAAACACAUCUGUUGUGGAACACUUGUGGAGGACAGAUGCCAACUUGCUCCAGCGUUACAAGCAGCUGGAUACCACCAGCAGCCAGCUCCUCGCCAAAGCGCGCCACACCGCUAACAAGCUCUUCAGCCUCAGCAAGAGGUGCAAGAAACUGCCGAAAAUAGUCCUGCUGAGACCGAGACGUCUCCACUUCUGGCUGAACUACGCUCUUUCCAUUUUGUACUGCUGCGAGAACAACCAGGUUGGCGUGUACAGUGAUGAGAGCAAGAGCUGCUCCUGCCCCUACAGCCAUCCGCCUUGUCAGGGCAUUAUUCCCUGCACUGUGGGUGACGGCCCGCGCUGUGCCUCUUGUUCCACAGAGAACCGGACACGAUGCUCCAGCUGUAACCCAGGUUUCAGUCUGACUCAGGGAGCAUGCCGACCUGCAAUACCCGAUCCUACAGACCCGUACUUGGGCUUGGAAAGUGACAGAGAUUUGCAGGAUCUGGAGUUACGCUACCUGCUCCAGCGGCGUGACCCACGCAUCUCUCUGCAUGCUGUGUUUGUGAGUAACGAUGUGCGCCUAAACACUUGGUUUGACCCAUCCUAUAGGAAAAGAAUGCUGCUCACGCUCAAGAGUAACCGGGUAAAGUCCAGCCGUGUUCAUGUGCUUCUUGGAUUGGCCCUUCAGUUCUGUCUCACCAAGAACAGUACUUUGGAGCCGGCAUUGUCUUUAUUUGUAAAUCCUUUCGGAGGUAGUCACUCAGAGAGUUGGACCAUGCCCAUAGGUCAGCACGGCUACCCUGAUUGGGAGAAGCCCAAGCUGGACAUCCCUUUGGACUGCUAUAACUGGACGUUGACUCUUGGAAACAGACGGAAGAGCUUUUUUGAGACUGUUCAUUUCUACCUGAGGAGUCGGCUCAGGGACUCGGUGGGAGUUAUAGGUGGAAACAGGAAUGACAGUGUGUACUACGAGCCCUUGGAGGCUACGGAGCCUUCGAGCACCAUUGGCUACAUGAAAGUGAACAGCAUGCAGCUGUUUGGAUACAGCGUGCACUUUGACCCCGAGGCCAUCCAGGACCUGAUCCUGCAGAUUGACUACCCAUACACUCAGGGUUCCCAGGAUUCGGCCUUGCUGCAGUUGGUGGAGCUGCGUUACAGGGUUAACCGCCUGUCGCCUCCAGGGGCUCAGCACAUGGAUCUGUUUGCCUGUCUGCUCCGUCACAGACUCAAACUGUCCAGCGCAGACGUGACCAGGAUACUCACUGCCCUGCACGCUUUUAGUGCCAAACAACCAAACUACGUGGAGUAUGAGACAAACAAACUGUGCAGUUAAUGCCUCCCAGUUUAUGAUUUGUAUGUUUUCCUCACUAUAGACAGGCCUGUGCUUUUUGUCAGCUGGAUUUGUGUCCAUAUGUUGUAUGUUGUUCAAAUCUUUGUUGUACAUGCUGUAUGAUCAAUUAAAUUAGAUGUUUUUAAUUCAUC